CAAUAUACAAAUCUUGUUCAAAAACCAAAGUAGGGCACAAAUAUUGAAAGGACUAACACAAUGUCUGCAGCGGCUGAUUUUACGAGGAUGGAAACAAGAGAGGCAUCACCUACUCAUAGUCUGGUCAAGAUUGAGUCUUUUUACAACAGUGGAAUUGCGAAAUUCGAGACGAAGGAAUUUGUGGCUGGAGAAUACAGAUGGAAACUUAUAAUCCAUCCUAAUGGAGACAAAACUGUCGAAAAAGAUAAAGACUAUGUUUCCGUAUAUUUGGCUAUGGCGGAUACAAGCUCAUUGCCUGCUAGUUGGGAGGUUAAUGUUGUGUUCAGCAUCUUUCUCUUUGAUCAGAUUUCAGCCAAUUAUCUUUGUUCACUAGGUAUACUUGUUAUUCUCAUCUUCUAUUUAGGUGGUGUUUGCAAAAACUUAAUUAGAAGCAGAAGUUAUAGAUUGUGGGUUAAGUUGGUUUUAAGUCUUUAA